AUGACGAACACUCAAUCAGAGAUCCAUAACACACACUCUCUCUCUCUAUCUAUCUAUCUCUAUCUCUCUCUCUCUCAUUUUGUGUCCACCUCUGUAUCCUCCUUUUACACUUUCUUUUCUUCCAUCCCACUCAUUUCUUUCUCAUCGUUUUUUUCCUUUCCUUUCCUUUCCCCACUUCUCUUUCUCCAUUCCCGUCAUGCCUUCCCCGCUAACUUCCCACACAUCGUUGUCCUGCAUGUUGGUGACUCAUCAAACCGAGGUGCACAACCGCCCGUCGCCACUAACAGCGACGAUCGAUGCCAAGAUUUUUAUGUUCUGUUGUUGGCCAAGGGGCCGUCUGUAUGCGCAGCCAGUUAUUGCGCCUGUUGCCCCUCUAUCCAUUACCGCCUCCUCAUCCAUUACCCGUGCCUCCUCUAUCCAUUACCCACCGCGCCUCCUCUAUCCAUUACUCCACCGCGCCUCCUCUUAUCCAUUAAUCCACCGUGCCCCUCUUAUCCAUUAAUCCACCGUGCCUCCUGUAUCCAUUACUCCAACGCGCCUCCUCUAUCCAUUACCCAUUACUCCACCGCGCCCCCUCCCUCUAUCCAUUACACCACCGUGCCUCCUCUAUCCAUUAUUCCACCGUGCCUCCUCUAUCCAUUAAUCCACCGCGCCUCCUCUAUCCAUUACUCCACCGUGCCUCCCUCCAUUAUCCAUUAUCCAACGCGCCCUCCUCUAUCCAUUACUCCACCGCGCCUCCUCUAUCCAUUACUCCACCGUGCCUCCUCAUCCAUUAAUCACCGCGCCUCCUAUCCAUUACUCCACCGUGCCUCCUCUAUCCAUUAUUCCACCGUGCCUCCUCUAUCCAUUACUCCACCGCGCCUCCUGUAUCCAUUACUCCAACGCGCCUCCUCCAUCCAUUCCAUUACCCACCGCGCCUCCUCUACCAUUACUCCACCGUGCCUCCUGUAUCCAUUACUCCAACGCGCCUCCUCUAUCCAUUACUCCACCGCGCCUCCUCUCCAUCCAUUACCAUUACCCACCGUGCCUCCUCCCAUCCAUUAUCCAUACAUUACUCCACCGUGCCUCCUCUAUCCAUUACUCCACCGUCCCUCCUCUUAUCCAUCCAUUACUCCACCGUGCCUCCUGUAUCCAUUACUCCACCGCGCUCCUCUAUCCAUUACUCCACCGUGCCUCCUCUAUCCAUUAUUCCACCUGCCUCCUCUUAUCCAUUACUCCACCGUGCCUCCUCUAUCCAUUACUCCAACGCGCCUCCUCUUAUCCAUUACUCCACCGUGCCUCCUGUAUCCAUUACCCAACGCGCCCUCCUUAUCCAUUCCCACCGUGCCUCUCUAUCCAUUACCCACCGUGCCUCCUCUAUCCAUUACUCCAACGCGCCUCCUCUAUCCAUUACCACCGUCCCUCCUCUACCCAUUACUCCAACGCGCCUCCUCUAUCCAUUACUCCACUGCGCCUCCCCAUCCAUUACUCCACCGUGCCUCCUGUAUCCAUUACUCCAACGCGCCUCCUCUUCCAUCCAUUACUCCACCGUGCCUCCUCUAUCCAUUACUCCACAGUGCCUCCUCUUCAUCCAUUACUCCACCAUUGCCUCCUCUAUCCAUUACUCCAACGCGCCUCCUCUUAUCCAUUACUCCACCGUGCCUCCUGUAUCCAUUACUCCAACGCGCUCCUCUCCAUCCAUUACUCCACCGUGCCUCCUCUAUCCAUUACUCCACCGUGCCUCCUCUAUCCAUUACUCCAACGCGCUCCCUCAUCCAUUACUACACCGUCCUCCCCUCUACCCAUUACCCAACGCGCCUCCUCUAUCCAUUACUCCACCGCGCCUCCUCUAUCCAUUACUCCACCGUGCCUCCUGUUAUCCAUUACUCCAACGCACUGCCUCCUCUUAUCCAUUACUCCACCGUGCCUCCUCUAUCCAUUACUCCACCGCGCCCCUUAUCCAUUACUCCAACGCGCCUCCUCUAUCCAUUACUCCACCGCGCCUCCUCUAUCCAUUACACCACCGUGCCUCCUCAUCCAUUACUCCACCGUGCCUCCUCUAUCCAUUACUCCACCGCGCGCCUCCUCUAUCCAUUACUCCACCGUGCCUCCUCUAUCCAUUACUCACCGUGCCUCCUCUUAUCCAUUAAUCCACCGUGCCUCCCUGUAUCCAUUACUCCACCGCGCCUCCUCUUAUCCAUUACCCUCCCACCGUGCCCACCGUGCCUCUAUCCAUUACUCCAACGCGCCUCCUCUUAUCCAUUACUCCACCGUGCCUCCUCUAUCCAUUACUCCACCGUGCCUCCUCUAUCCAUUACUCCAACGCGCCUCCUCUAUCCAUUACUACACCGUCCCUCCUCUACCCAUUACUCCAACGCGCCUCCUCUAUCCAUUACUCCACCGCGCCUCCUCUAUCCAUUACUCCACCGUGCCUCCUGUAUCCAUUACUCCAACGCGCCUCCUCUAUCCAUUACUCCACCGUGCCUCCUCUAUCCAUUACUCCACAGUGCCUCCUCUUAUCCAUUACUCCACCGUGCCUCCUCUAUCCAUUACUCCACCGCGCCUCCUCUAUCCAUUACUCCAACGCGCCUCCUCUAUCCAUUACUCCACCGCGCCUCCCAUUAUCCAUUACUCCAACGCGCCUCCUCUAUCCAUUACUCCACCGUCCCUCCUCUACCCAUUACUCCACCGCGCCUCCUCUAUCCAUUACUCCACCGCGCCUCCUCUAUCCAUUACUCCACCGUGCCUCCUGUAUCCAUUACUCCAACGCGCCUCCCCAUCCAUUACUCCACCGUGCCUCCUCUAUCCAUUACUCCACAGUGCCUCCUCUUAUCCAUUACCACCGUCCACCGUGCCUCCUCUAUCCAUUACUCCACCGCGCCUCCUCUAUCCAUUACUCCAACGCGCCUCUAUCCAUUACUCCACCGCGCCUCCUAUCCAUUACACCACCGCGCCUCCUCUUCCAUCCACCGCGCCUUAUCCAUUACACCACCGCCUCCUCAUCCAUUACUCCACCGCGCCUCCUCAUCCAUUACCCACCGCGCCUCCUCUAUCCAUUUACUCCACCGUGCCUCCUCUUAUCCAUUAAUCCAUCCAUUAAUCCACCGUGCCUCCUGUAUCCAUUACUCCAACGCGCCUCCUCUUAUCCAUUACCCCACCGUGCCUCCUCUAUCCAUUACUCCACCGCGCCUCCUCUGUCCAUUACUCCACCGUGCCUCCUAUCCAUUACUCCACCGUGCCUCCUCUUAUCCAUUACUCCACCGUGCCUCCUUGCUCCAUUACUCCACCGUGCCUCCUGCAUCCAUUACUCCACCGUGCCUCCUCUUAUCCAUUACUCCACCGUGCCUCCUCUAUCCAUUACUCCACCGCGCCUCCUCUAUACAUUACUCCACCGUGCCUCCUGUAUCCAUUACUCCACCGUGCCUCCUCUAUCCAUUACUCCAACGCGCCUCCUCUAUCCAUUACUCCACCGUGCCUCCUCUAUCCAUUACUCCGCCGUGA